AUGAAUGAUAAGAAUUUCUUAAUUAGUGAAGAGAAACAUGGAUUACGAAACAUCUAAAUUUUAUAUUUUUUAAUAAUUGGGAUGCUGUUUUUUAAAAAUGAACAAACAAUGAUCGUGAAUGAAGAUAAUAUUAUUUUAUUUCUUCUAUAAAUAUAGUAGGAAAGUGAUGAAUAUGACUUCAAAAUAGAUUAUAUCUGUAAAGAUAUAAAGUCAAAUGCUAUUGUGGAUCAAGCAUUAUACAAUUAACCAAAUCCACUUGAUUUUAAUUGGGAAAAGUUUAAAACACUAGAUGAAAUAGAAUAUCCUCCCCUUAUUCAAUAUUAGCGAUUAAAACAAUAGAAGAACCAAAAUAAAUAUAAAAUUCAACAACUGAUUUAACUGAAUGAACGAAAUGAACAAAGACUAAUGAGAGAUGAAUUCUAUGGCUUUUUAAUACAAGAUUAUAAUGAUAUUUGCAUCUUAAAAAAAGGACUUUUCUAAAAUUAACAUUUUCAAGGAGAAAUGAUUGAGUUUGAUAAGGAAAAGAAUGAGUUAAUUCAUUACAUAAAUAUAAUAGUUGAUAAAGAAGGAGAUAAAUUAGGCAAGAAUGUUAAGAUUUGCUAUUUAUCUAUUCAGGUGAAUCCUAUUGGCUUCAAAAUGAAACGAUAUUAUAGGGGUGGAUUUUACAAUAACAAAUAAAAUGGCAAAGGAAUUAUGAUUGAAUAUGAUAAUGAGGGAAAAAAUAGAUAAUUUUAUUAUUCAGGUGAGUGGGAAAAUGGAUUCUUAAAUAGUUUUGGAAUAUUUGAGAAUCUAAAUAAAAAAGCAAAUGAAGAAAGAUUAUAAGAACUUAAAGAUAAUGGAAAAUUGGAAUACAGAAAAUAAUAUUGGAGAAUUCGAAAAAACAUAAUUUCAUGGAUAUGGGAUUGGUUGUUUAAUCUAAAAAUAAAAAUUAACAUAAGAAAAGUUGGAUUUCAUUUUAGAAUCACUCAAAAAAAAAAAACACUUCAAAAUAAAACUGGUUUUAAAUAUAAAACUGUUUUUAAAUACCAUUUUUGUUGA